GUUAUCGAAAAUCCUUAUGAUCAAGAAGGAACACAUCAAACAAUUGAGAGAGAUGAAUACAGAAGCAGAAAAGCUGAAAUCCUAUUCUAUGCCAAUAGGCAUUGAGUUUCAGAGGAGAUACGCAACUAUUGUUCUAGAUCUAGAACAACUAAACAAAGACUUAAAUAAAGUUUUGCAUAAAGUUCAACAGUAUUGUUAUGAGCUUGCUCCUGACCAAGGCCUCCAGCCUGCCGACCAACCGACAGAUCUGAGGCGUAGGUGUGAAGAGGAGGCGCAGGAGAUCGUCAGACAAGCAAAUUCCUCAACAACAGGACAGCUUUGUGUUGAGAGUGAAAAUUUAACUGAUCUUAUCUCUAGGCUUACAGCAAUAUUACUGCAAAUCAAGUGUCUAGCAGAAGGAGGUGAUCUGAAUUCCUUUGAAUUUAAAUCACUAACAGAUUCAUUAAAUGACAUUAAGAAUUCAAUAGACUCUUCAAAUAUCAGUUGUUUUCAGAAUAACGUCGAGAUCCAUGUUGCACAUAUUCAGAGUGGUCUGAGCCAGAUGGGAAAUUUACAUGCUUUUGCAGCUAAUAACACCAACAGAGACUGAAAAUUUUCUUUCAAGUGUACAGCAAGUAGUUCUGGAAAAUCCUCUUCCUUUAUAUAGGCUUCACCAAAUAUCCUAACUGCCAGAAGAUAAGGGAAAAGAAAACCUCUCAGAGUGGACCCUUUUAAAUAUAUUAUAUCUGCUUCUUAAGAAAACCAGCAUUACUGGCCAGCGUUACAUUAGAUUUCUCCAUUUGUUAUUCACAUACAGUAGUUUUGCUAACUGGUAAUCUCUUAGUAAUUGCAUUUAUUAUAAUAAACUUGAAAACAUACUUUCAUAUAAUUUGAACUUAGUUUUUUAAAAUUCAGAUGAAUUCUGCACACCUCUUGCUGUUGGCUCUCCUGGUAUGUUAGAAGCGAUGAAGAGGAAAUGGCUCAAAUUGGUAGCCACAUGGCAGGUCUUUGUUAUGUAAAGCUACGAGAGUUGCCAUUUCAGCCUUCAGGUAGCGUGGUGCCAAGGCAGGCUGAGUGGUCCUGCUCUAGAGAAGCAGCAGCAGGAUACGGACAGCAAAGAGAAGCUGUAAACUUGAGGAUGUUGGGCAGGUCUAUCGAUCAGUCAAUGUCUUGUUGGAACUUUUAAUUUAUCAUAACUUAUAGAAGGAGUCUAAUGAAGGAAUAUAAAAAUGUAGCUGGUAACUUUCCAGAAAGAGAUUGGUUAUGGCUUUUUCCCUUCACGUGGGGCAAAAGAAGUGCUUUAGUUGGGAUUUUAUAUAAAUGACUGGUUAAACAUAUUGUUUUUCCAAAUUUUUGUUGUUUUUGCACAACUUUUAAAUUAGAUUACUGGUUAUCCAACAACACCCAACGUAUAUAAAUAUGAAGAUUUUCAUAAUUAAAGAUAACCAGUGCGGUAAACUGCAAAAAUAAAAAGUGACAACCUGCCUACGAGUACCUUUUGGAAUGUUAAUCUUGUAAAAAGUGUGUAUUGGUUUGUUUAAAUAGUCUUGUAAAGCUUCUGUGUAAUGAAUUGUUUCCAGGUAUGACUUUUCAGAGAUAGCUGUAGAGAUGUUUUUGAUUCUUUUAGAUGCCUCAUUAAAUGAGGUCUUUUAUAUGUUAAUGUACAAAGAAUAUGUAAACAGGAUUAUUUUCAAUUUUAAAAUUUUGUAUAGUUUAAAGAUGCUUCUGUAUUCUGUGUUGGUAUUGUGCCACUGCAAAACUUUAGUGCAGAGUUUAUAUUUAGCUAAACUUGUUCUGUUAAUUAAGAGAAAUGCAUAAAUCUUUUAUUCUCAAUGAAAUUUGUAACUCUGAAUAAAUUGACCUAUGAGAGUUGGUAUAUUUCACAAAAAUGC